GUCUGGGACCCUUGCGGUUCGCGGAUACGUUUGUCCUGGUAGGGGAUCAUUUCCAACUGCCACCCAUCUUUGUUUCGCCUAUUAACCGAUGCUCACCCCGAAGCCACGGUCGAUCUGGGCUACCAGUACCGGAUGAACGAGGACAUCAUGGCGUUGUCCAACAAGCUCAUCUAUAGCGGAAGACUUAAAUGCGGUUCAGAACAAGUGCGCGAUCAGAAGCUGGUCUUGCAACAAGCGGAGUCGAGCUGCAGUUGUUCUCUGAGCAAGUUGCUUGACGAAAGUGUCCGCUGCGUAUUCGUCAAUACGGACAAGCUGUCUGCUCGGGAAUCCCGGGUAGGAGAUUUGGUGCAGAACGAGAUGGAGGGCAAGCUAGUCGAACGCUUUGUCGCCACUCUUGUGUACCGUGGAAUCAAGCAGGAGGAUAUCGGAGUGAUCACCCCGUACCGUCAACAGAUCAAACUCUUGUCAGCCGCGGUCCACAAUCAAAAUCCGCUUGUAGAGGUCUUGACCGCUGAUAAGAGUCAGGGUCGAGACAAGGAUUGCAUCGUCAUCUCGAUGGUCAGGAGCAAUGAUGUCGGUAAUGUUGGAGAGCUUCUCCGCGACUGGCGACGAAUCAACGUCUCGCUCACACGUGCCAAGAAGAAGUUGGUCAUUUUCGGCUCGCGAGGGACUUUGCAAUCAGAUCGCCUGUUAAGCGAAUUCUUUGAUCUGAUGGACGGAAAGGGCUGGAUCGUAGACCUGCUCAAGUCGGACGAGGAAUGUGGCUGCGGAAGGAAUGACGCAGAUGAUCUAUAGUACCGCACGGGUACCUGGUACGGCUAGUGCUCAUGCAACAACAACCACAACAACUGUAUCUAUUAGGUCCCACUAUUGCGCUGCGCCAUCUAGCAUUCUUCCGCUAGCGUCCCGAUAAGUCAUAACAAUGUUGAUCGAGAAUCUACGUUUACCAUAUCGGGGUGGACGCGACGUCAUUGU